AUGCCUGAAUUUAUCUUUUUAUUUAUUGGUGUAGGACGACGUCGUUCUAGGUCGAGGUCGCGCGAAAAGUAUCGCGAUUCAGCUUAUCGCGAACGAGACAUCGACGAAUCUUAUAAAGAAAAGCGACACAAAGAUCGAGGUGUACGACGUGACGAUGAUCGACACCGUCGUGAUUACGAUUCACAGCGACGUCGAGACGAGUAUCCGCGUCGUAGGCACCGUGAAAAGUCUGAGGAAGAGGACGAAUACCCUGUGCGUAAUGUUCGCGAGGACAGUCGAACGCCAGAACCCACUGAAAAUACUGAAGAUGUGAGUGAAGUUCAACAAAAGGACGAGGUCCCAAAAACAGAAGAGGAAUUAGAAAUGAUGAAAGUGAUGGGAUUCACACACUUCGAUUCCACAAAAGGAAAGCAUGUACCUGGGAAUGAUAUCUACGUCACUUGUAUAAGAAAGAAGCGUAGAUACCGUCAGUACAUGAAUCGCAGAGGUGGUUUCAAUCGAAAACUAGACCCUGUUGCCUGA